AUGGCUGGUCCCAACGUCAGCUUUGCAGCCCCGACGCCGGUCGUCAAUGGCGAUAGCAAUGGAUAUCAUCAAGUUACUUCAGACAGAAUCAUCGUUGGAGUCGACUUCGGCACUACGUAUUCUGGUGUAGCAGCAGCAUACAGUGCAACCCCAGACGACAUCGAGAUUAUCAAGACAUGGCCAGGAGGCAACGGCAUAACCUCCGACAAAGUCCCUACCGAAAUCGCCUACGAGACGACCGAACUGCCCGCAGUCACCAACAACACAAUCACACCCGAGCAAGGCGGCGGUGCCCGAUCUACCGUCCAGAGGAUAAAAUGGGGCUUCCAAUUCAAGCCAGAAGAACCACGUUUACGAUGCAUAAAGCUGUUCCUGGACAGAAACCAAAAGUUGCCGCAUUUUGUGAGCCCUUUGGAUACGGCUGCGCAUUUGAGGAGCUGUGAUCGCACGGUCAUGGAUGCUGUCAGCGAUUACUUAGGGCAGAUAUAUACGCAUACCAUGGAGACGUUGAACAGACGUUAUGGCGAAAGUUUCAUGGCCAUGACAAAGGUGGAAUUUGUCCUUACUGUUCCAGCUGUCUGGUCAGACUCUGCAAAGAAUGCGACCUUGCAAGCGGCAGAAAAGGCAGGCAUGGGCAAGAAGCAUGAGUUGAGGUUGAUCAGUGAGCCUGAAGCUGCCAUGCUGCACGCACUCAAAACAGUACAACCGCAUAAUCUCAAGGUCGGAGACAACUUUGUCAUCUGCGAUGCAGGGGGUGGUACCGUAGAUUUGAUCGCCUACAAAAUUACUCAACUAUCUCCGCUCAGAGUCGAAGAGAGCGCAGUAGGAACAGGCGGACUCUGCGGCUCAGCAUUCCUCAACUACCGCUUCGAAGAACACGUCAAAGAAAGACUCGGCACAGAACGCUACACCCACAUGCGCAACAAGAAGCCCAAAACCUGGAUGAUGGGCUUGAAAUACUUUGAAGAAUUCGUCAAACGCAACUACAACGAAGAGGAAAAUCAAGAAGUCAAUGUGCCUUUUCCUGGUCUUCCUGAUGACGAAGAGGCAGGGAUUGACAGUGGAUUCAUGGUCAUGAGUUCGCAGCAAGUCAAGGCUAUUUUUGACCCUGUCAUUGAUGAAGUGUUGAAGUUGUUGGAUGGGCAGGUCGAUGCUAUUCGCAAUAAAGGCGAUACCGUGUCCGGAAUUAUCCUUGUGGGUGGAUUUGGACAGAGUAAUCACCUUUACAAUAGGUUGAAGUCGCAUUUCAACACCGCAACGUCUCCUGCAGUUGCUGAGAAGGACGAGCAUCAGGUGCAGGUGCAGGUGCAACAACACGAAUACCCACCUGUGGAAGUGAUUCAACCACUAUAUGCAUGGACAGCUGUGGUCAGAGGUGCAGUAAUCAGAGGUUUGGAUGACAGUAUGGUAUCUUCUCGCCGCAGCAGAUUACACUACGGAACCUCCUACGCCACAGUCUUUGAUGAGACAAAACACGACAUAGCAGAUCGCUACUGGUCACCCCUGUGGGAGCGCUGGAUGGUAUCCGAUCGCAUGCAAUGGCACAUCGCAAAAAACACCGCCAUCUCCCCCGAAACACCCAUCUCCUUCCACUACACUCGCAAUUUCAUGCCCCACCAAUCCCUAAUCGUAACCGACGAACUAAUAGCCUGCGGUUCCGACCUUGCACCUUCCUCACGCACAAAAACGCUUUCUACAGUUUGUACUCUACGCACAGAUUUAGGAGCUGUGCCGCAAGAAUUGUUUACUAGACUCAAAACGAGUAAGGGAAAUGAGUUUUUGAAUCUGGACUUUGAGUUGGUCAUGAGGAUUCAGAGUGCGGAUUUGGUGUUUGAGUUGAGAGUUGGUGGAGUUGGGUAUGGGGUUGUGCAGGCCGAGUUUCAUUGA